CGAUCACUCGCAGGGCAUUGCGCCCCUCUCAAUCAUAGACAAUCGUGUCUGUGUAGACCACUGGAAAUUAAAACCAAAUCCAAAGAGUAAACAUGGAUUCUUCCAGUGCUGAAAACACUAGGUUCAUGAAGCAGAGGAGAGAUCUGCUAAAAAAAAUAGACACUGCCAUCACCUCCAUACGUCAGGAGAAAAUCAGCCAACGUGUAGCAAUGCAGGAGAAAAGAGCCAUCCAGGGUGAAACCCAGAAAGAGCUGUUCUUCCAUCUCCUGCAGCUGGAAAAAGAAAAGUGGCAGGCAGCUACCAGGGCUCUCCAGAGGUUUUCCACCUCUGUGAGAAACAGUGAUACGAAGGUAUCCGAAGGAGUGAAGAUCAUGCAGGUUUCAAGUAGAAACCAGGAGGGAAAGCUGUCUGCACUGGAGAUGAAGGAAAUGAAAAAGCAAAGAGGGAUGGAAGUGAUGAGCACAAAUAUAGAAAUGCAUCAGGUGGAGGUGGAGCACAAAAGAAGUUUGAAUGAGGACAGCAAGAGUGGCAGAGGCAGUGAGGCAGAGGCAAUGGAUACUGAUGUGGCGUCAUCACUGGCCACAGAGUCUAACCAGGAAGUGAGAAGCAAAAACAAAGAACCAGGGAAACAGGUGGAGGAGGAAAAGAUAAAGAACAAUAAAGGACAAACAUCAGAGUCUGAUGAAGAGAGUCAGUGUCAGGAGGAAACAGAGAAAGAUGAAAAAAGCAAUAUUGCUAUCCAGUGUGAGGCAGAGGCAGUAGAAACUGACCUGGAGACACCAUGCGACACACUGUCUGAUGAAGAAGAGACAAGUGUGGAGGAAGAUAAAGAUGAGGACAAGAUAAAGAAAGGCAAAAAUAAAAUAUCAAAGAUUGAAAAGAAAGAGGAAGAGAAAUGGUGUCAGGAGGAAAAAGAGGAAACUGAAAGUAUCAGCACUGUUAUCCAGAGUGAGGCAGAGGCUGAUGAGACUGUCCUGGAGACACCCUGGGAUACAGACUCUGAGGAGGAGGAGAAAAGGUGUGAGAAGGAGCGGGACAGGGGAAUGACUGAUAAGAGAGAGGGUGAAACACAACCACCUGAAGAAGAGGAAGAUAAGGAUACUAAGACUGAUAAGGAGACUGAGAAAGAAGACACUGAGCUGGAUACACCUUGGGACACAGAGUCCGAGGAGGAAGAAAGAAUAAGGAUUGAGAAGAAGAAAAUUAAGCUGGUUCAAAAGAAAAAAGAGGAAAUGCAAAGAAAUGACAAAGAAAAGAAAAAAGACACAGAGAGUGAUAAAAGGAAAAAAGAAAAAACAGAGGAAGAAGAAAGAACACAUGUGCAAGAUAAAAUGGAAAGAACCAAAAUGGAGAAAAGAGGAAAAGCUAUAAGGGAAAGGGCUGAGGAGAGGAGGCAGAAAGAAAGAAUGGUGAUACAGAAAAGAGAGGAAGUGGAAAGGAAAAAUGAGGGAGCAAAGAUAGAGAAAAAAGAGGAGAAGGAAAGAAGAAAUACAGAAAAGGAAAAGAAACAGAAUGAGAAAUAUAGAGCACAGAUUGAGAAAAGAGAGAAAGAGAGAAGACAAAUUGAGGAGGAUGAGAGGAAAAGGCAGAAAGAGAAAGCAGAUAUAAAGCAAAGAGAGGAAGAAAGAAGAAAAAUGGAGGAGAAGGAUGAGAGAAAAAGGCAGAAAGAGAAGGCAGAUAUAGAGAAAAGAGAGGAAGAAAGUAGAAAAAUGGAGGAGAAGGAUGAGAGAAAAAGGCAGAAAGAGAAGGCAGAUAGAGAUAAAAGAGAGAAAGAGGAAAGAACAGGGACAGAAAAGGAAAAGAAUCAAAAAGAGAAAUAUAAAACAGAGAUCGAGAAAAGAGAGAAAGAGAAAAUAAAAAUGCAGGAGGUCAAAAAGAAAAGGCAAAAAGAGAGAGCAAAGAUGGAGAAAAGAGAGGAAGAGGAAAGAAAAAUUGAGGCAAGGGCAAUGGAGGAAAAGUGGCAGAAAGAGAGAGCAGAGAUAAAGGAAAGUAAAAAGACAGAAGAGGAGUAUAAAGCAGAGAACUUAAAGAAAAGGGCAGAAAACUUAAAGAGGCAAAACGAAAAAGAAAAAACAAAGAUGAGGAGACAGGAAGAGAAAAGAAAGGAGGAGGAGGAAAAGAGGCAGAUAAAGGAAGAGAGAGCAGAGAUGAAGCAAAGAGAGAAAGAGAAGAGAAAAAGGGAAAGGAACGAGGAAAAGAGACAGAAAGAAAAAGAAAGAGCAGAAAUACAGAGGGGAGAGAAAGAUAAAAAGCAACAAGAGAAGGAAAGAACAGAAGUUUUGAAUAAGCAGAUGAAAACAGAGAGGCAGGUAAAAGAAAAAUACAGUGAAGAUGAGCAGAAAAAUUAUGAAGAAAGUGAAAGACAAGAAGACAUAAUAGUUCAAGAGACAGAAAUGAUCUGGGCUAUAAGAAAGACAAAGAAGGAAAUACAAAGCGAAUGUGAAAGGAGGAAGAAGCAGACCAUGAAGGAAAAUGGAAAGGUAAAAGUAGAGAGCACAAACAGUGAGAACCUCCCAUCACAUCCAGCAGAGCCCAGCAAACAACAGAAACCUGCAGAGCAGCCGGUGUCUGAAUCCUCCAGAAAAACCCAGGAAUCAAAACAAGCCGAAGUAGCCACCAGGUCCCAGACGAAUUGUAAACUUGAGGCGAAGAACCCAAAGACAGUCCUGGAACGGGUUUCCAGAAACAUUGCAGAGUACUUUACAAAAAAAGAAGAAGAACAGAGCUACCGGCUUGAACUGAAACAGCUGGGAGAAGAAAGACAGAGGAUGGAGAAGGAGAUGCUGGAGAAACUGCUUCAGAAAAGGAGGCAGGAAAGGCUGGCCAAACGCUUGAAAGCUGAAGAAGAGAUAAAACAUAGAGGCAUGCCAAAGUGCAAAGAUUUCUCAAUUUUUGCUGCUAAUUGAUGCAUCAUUUUAAAAUACCACCCGUCCUUAUUUUUAGUUAUUAUUAAUCAUUUAUUCAUUG